CACAACAAUUUAUUAAUCAAAAAGGACGAUUAGAAAUUCGUAAUGUUUUGAAAAAUUAUAUCGAAGAUUUGAGUAUGUUAUUAACACAAUAUAGUGAUCAUGUUGAACAACGUGUGAAAAAUGAAAUUGGUAGAUGUGAACCAGUAAGCCGUGCAUAUAAUCAUACGGUUUCAUCACUAUGUGAUAAUGUUGUUUUACCAUUUACUGCUAGUUGGUUCAGUGUUACAAUCACAUUGAUGGUUUUUAUUCCGGCAACAUUAUUAGUUUGUUUAUUGAAUACAAUGUUCAAACGAAUAAAACGUUCAUCAUCACGACGUGAAUCUAUUUUGAUUAUAGAUCAUUUUGAAGAAGAUGAUAUACCAUUAGCUGAAAUCGAUAAACGAAAUAGAAAUAGUCAUAAUAAUCGAAAUCGGCCUGUAGUUCCAAGUGCACCACAUAUUGCUGCAUUCAAUGAACGUGAUCAAUCGGAAGAGGAAACAUGGUCACCGGGUGCUAUACCACAGCAUCUUUAUUCAAGACCACCACCAUAUAAUUUUUGAAAAUGACACAUUUCCAAAUUUUUUUAAAAAUGGUCCAAAAUGUAUGACGAUAUUUUUUUCGUUUUUUUGAACAACUGCCUGUUUUUUUCGCUUGAAAUCUCUACUCAAGAACGCACAUCAAUCAAAGUACAUUAAUAUUUUUUAUUAAUAUCAUCAUCAUUUACACUCAUCAUUCAUUAAUAAUUCUGAAAACAAAAUAGUGAUUUUAAUUUUUUUUUCGUUAAAAAUUUACGUUCCAUAGUUUGUAAUGUUGAUUAAAUUACGAUGACAAUUAACGAUUU